AUGAAGCUGGUCCUGGUCUUCUUGCUGGCCGCCAUCCCCAUUUGCUGCUAUGCCAGCAGUGAGUUCUGUGGAGGGGUGGGCAGUGGGUUCUGUGGAGGGGUGGGCAGUGAGUUCUGUGAAGGGUUGGGAGGUUCUAAUUGCCAUGCAAUGGAUGAUGUCGUUGCACAGAUUACUAACUCAUCAGUGUCUGUGGCUGAGUUUCAGAAAGUGAUAAAGUCAUACGCACCUCUUCCUUAUGACCAAAAGUCUUUGGGCGAAGUGAAACAAUGUUUCCUAGACCAGUCUGAGGAGACUCUGGCCAAUUAUCGAGUUAUGAUGGAUGUUAUAUACGACAGUGAAGACUGUCCACAGACUUCCUAA